AUGCCUAAUGAUAUCACCUUUAACAUUCUUCUAAAACUUAAUGUCAAAUCGCUUUUACGAUUCAAAUGCGUUUGCAAAUCAUGGUGCUCUUUAAUUGAAGAUCCCCAAUUCAUCAAGCAGCACUACGAUAUGUCUAAAAAGGAUGUGAAUCGUCAUAAAUUCUUCUUGACUGGUGGUGAAUGGGAAAACAAGGACGACUAUUUCUUCUCUAUAGACACUCCACUUCAACAUGAUUCUGCUGCCUCUCUUAUCGAGUCUCUGAUUCCAGGAAUCAAUCAUUUGAGUAGCGUAAGUUUUGUUAGUUCUUCUAAUAAUGGUAUAAUUCUUAUGGUUUUCCCUUAUGAUUUUAUCAUUUUGUGGAACCCGGCCAUCAGGGAAUUAAGAAAAAUUCCAAGCUCAAUCCCUAAAAUUAAAAAGUCAGGUAGAAAGCGGUUUCCUGCUAUUUAUGGUUUGGGCUAUGUUUCGUCUAUUGAUGAUUAUAAAAUAGUUAGAGUAGGGGGAAAAGAUAACUCAAAUGGUCAUUUUGAGAUCGAUCUCUUUUCGACGAGAGAUAACUCGUGGAAAUUGAUUGGCAAGUUUCCUCCGUAUAACUUUUUCCGUGAAGGAGAUAUUGUUAGCAUAGAUGGUAUCGUUUAUAUGAUAGUGAUGACAAAUUUAUCUGAAAGUGUGAAUGAAUCUACUAUAUUAAGUUUUUGCUUGGAGAAGGAACAAUUUGAAGAAGUAUUAUUUCCAGAUCGGAUUCUAAGGUUCCAAAAUCCAAUUUUGCAUGUUUUAGAAGAAAAUCUUUGUUUGACUAGAAUGCAUGAUUUAGCAAGUCGUGAUUUUGAAGUUUGGCAUAUGAAAAAAGAUGGAUCAAUGAGCACCACAUGGAGUAAGAUCUUGACGAUUCCAUCGAUGUAUUUAUGGACGUUGCUUGAGGCGCGUGAAAUUAAUGAAAAUUAA